AUGGGGGAACACGAUAUCGCUCUGUUGGUUUUGAAUGAGGCCGUUACCACUAUCGAUUACGUCAACCUUCUCCGAAACGAGGCUUCCGCAGAACCAGCCCAAAUUCUGACGGAAGAACUAACAAAAGAACUAGUUGUAGUGCCAACUGAACCCACGCCUAAUACCAAGACACCUACAACAACAAAAAAACACGCAGCCAGAAAAUUGAAUACUACAAAAAGGCUAGCAACAAAUGCCAUCAUUUAUUCUAGCCGCAAAGCGGCCAUCGUUGCUGGAUUUGGCACAACGUCUUCUGCCGAAAGCCUUCCAACGAAAUUAAGGAAGGCCAAUGUCACUGUUCUAGAGAGUGCAGUUUGCGCCGCUCAAUACGGAACGCUUUUCGAUAGCGCAACAAUGUUGUGUGCCAUCGGAUCGGGAAUCAACAAUUGCCAGGGUGACAGUGGUGGUCCGAUUUACGUGGACGGUGUUCAAGUCGGUAUUACCUCUUAUGGCUACGGUUGCACUAUUCUUGGUUUUGCCAAUGUUUACACACGAGUCAGUGGUUACAUUGACUGGAUUUCAAACGCUCAAGCCGACAAUCCUGGUCAAAUAUUCUAUCGGCUUUCGCUAAUAUAUCCCUAA